AUGAACUUGGGACUAUGUUGCCUUUAUCUGACUCUGUACCUGGUGCAGGCGUCAGUACGUCGAGUGGUGUCGAAUGAGCAUCAGAUGGUGAUUCAAGUGCCUGGCUACUCCCCGAAAGAGGUAGUUCUGGACAUUAAUAUUCGAAUGGUUUUUUAAUAAAUAAUUACUUUAAAUUUAUUUUCAAUAGAAAGGAGGAAAACUUUUUAAACCAAUUUCAGACCAUUACUCUAUCUUUAAUAACUACAUUUUUACAGAAUGACGCGUAUAUUGGGGUAAGCAUCAAGGCGACGCCUGGCUACAUUGGUGAGUGAUUCAACUACAUUAAUAUAAUAUUGGCUUAGUGCGAUUCGAACCCUUUGCCCACGCUGACAGGAUACAUCACAUGUUAUUGUACGGAUGUGACAAACCCGCGUACGAUUCCACCUUCUGGGAGGGUGGUGCCACCUGUGCUGGGUCCAGUCAUAUUCUCUAUGCCUGGGCACGGAACGCUCCGUCGUUAUCACUUCCAGAAGGCGUCGGAUUCGCGGUUGGAAACAAAGGAGAUCCAGUACAGUACAUCGUACUACAAGUUCAUUAUGCUCAUCCAUUCGCGGGCAAUGUUAGGGACUUUGCAGGUAUGUUAUAGUAGAUUAUUCAAGAUUUUUAGGUAUAAGCACGCAUUUUGAUGAAGUAAAUAGAGAUAUUAAAUGGUUGUUGUGGUAAAUUAGAUGUAAUGAUACAUCGAUUGUUGUACUAAUCAAGGUGUUUAGGUAUAACAAUGCAUUUGGUUGACACUCGACCAGCUAACCUGGCGGCCGUCUACCUGUUCGUAUCAGGAGAAGCCAUUCCACCACGAAAAGAGGUAUCUCUCAACAACGUCAGCUGCACAUACGAAGGAGAUGCCGAACUUACUCCGUUCGCCUUCAGAACCCACACUCAUCAAAUGGGCCGAGUGGUGUCAGCCUUCUACAAAAGGGAUAACAAGUGGACGAUGAUCGGGAAGAGGAACCCACAGUGGCCUCAGGUAAGUGGGGGUGAUAUUAUCAUGAGUGGUGGUAUCUGACAAUCUUAUUGAGGUUAUUAUUUUAGCUUUUCCAAAAAAUCGACCAUCCAUUGAAAAUCAAAAAAGGAGACUUCAUGGCCGCGACCUGUCGAUUCGACUCUCACGACAAAGAAGAAUACACGCCUAUGGGGUAACCACUUACUUUUUUCUUUCAAAGCUUACAAGUUUUGACACAUUUUAAUGUUAUGUUUCUUCAUACUCACAUGAUGUUCACCAACUUGAUGUCAUUACUUAUUCAUUUCAGGAGCAUGGGUACGGCCGAGAUGUGCAACUUCUACAUGAUGUUUUAUCGAAGCGCCGACAGUCAGGACCCAUUCCCCUGGGGCGGUGGCUGUGGCGGGAACGAAAACGAAGAGCUGGUGGCUAAUGAGUACCCGAAGGAGGGUAUCAGUCUACUCCCAAGUCAUCCGGAAUGGGAGCACGUUGCUCAUCAGAUGAGCGCGGCCUUCGGUGUGAAGCAGCGUGUGAAGACCUCGAAGAUCGGCGACUUUACUCUUGGCCAGAUCUCUGGCUUGGCCUACGGAAAAGACGGUUCUUUGUUCGUUUUCCACCGAAACGACCGUAUCUGGGAUGGAAGGUGAGCAUAUUAUCAUAGCUUACCUACUUUUAAAGUUGUAAUUUUACCAUUGUAUGUCUAAUCAUAGUUAGAGGGACAAAACAUGUUUACAUUACAGUACUUUCGACUCCCAGAAUCGACUGACUGAUGAAACCCCCAUCAACAGUGAUGUCAUCCUUCAGGUCGACGUUGGAGCAGCUUCUUUGAAACUCCGUAACAACUACGGAAAAGACACUUUCUACUUGCCACACGGUAUCUUCGUUGACGACAGUAACUACAUUUAUACUACUGAUGUUGGAUCUCAUCAAGUUAUCAAGUGGAAGGUCAAAUCAGGUAGAUCUUGUAUUAUAUGUUUCUUUUUAGAACAAUGUUAAUUUUUCUUUACUGGUUUAUAUUUUAAUGCUCAUUAUUACGGUAAUUACCAUGCUUUAGGUACCCUUAAGCAGGUAUUCGCUCUCGGAGAGAAGUUCACACCUGGCUUCGACACGAAACACUUCUGCAAGCCUUCUGGAGUCGCUGUAAGUCGUAACGAUGGAACCAUCUACGUCAGUGAUGGAUACUGUAACAACCGGGUUAUGGUAUUCGACAAGAACGGUCAAUUCAUCCAACAAUUCGGAAGUGCAUCGUCGAUUGGCAGAGAAGGAGGCAAGCCCCAGUUGGGCACCUUCUUCCUUCCCCACGACGUCACUUUGGACAACAAACAGCAUCGUAUCUUCGUGUCAGACAGACAGAACGGUCGAGUCCAGAUCUUCAACCAGAACGGUGAUCCACAGCAAGACGUGUCCUACCCCAGCUUGUUCAACGAUGUUUACUCAGCCGACUACGAUGAAGGUAACGUUGCUUUUGCUGCUGUUUAUUGUAGUUUAAUUUCACAAAAAAUAUUUAAAAUGUAUUGUUGACAACAUAAUCAGCAAAACUAUAUUCAGACUACGGCCUGAUUCUGAUUCCUGGAACCAGCGUAGCUCAGAAUGCUCAGAUCGAAGCCUUCUCGUGUCCGGCUCCAUCGUUCAAGCUACAGUUCUCGUUCCGACCUACAGACUCAUCGUUCGUACGACCACAUAUCAUUAGGAUAAGGAACGAUCUGAUUGCCAUAGGCGAGAUAGCCGAGAGUGGUGGUCAACUCAGUCUGUUCGAUGUCAUAACACAAGGUCAUCAGCCUCAUGUGUCAUCGAAAGAACUGUACGAAUCCCCAAACGGCGAAUCCGACACGGGGUCACCUGUGGUGAUAACAUUGUUGGUGAUAGCGUCCAUCCUGAUAGCGUGCUUUGUUGCCUUCAUGAGGUAUCGCGACGUUUCUGAUGGAAACAUUGUGGACAGAACGGUAAGACAUUGUUUUGAAACUGCUGUUUGAGCUAAUUGUGCACCUUAAUAGUAAGUAAUAUUGUGGUUUCAGGGCUUCAAACCGCUGAGCACGGAAGAUAUGCAAAGCGACAACUCGGACGACGAAGAGUACUCGAGAGACCGGCCGUGA